AAUGAUAUUGUUUGGAGAAUAUUAAGCCUUAUCUUCUUCUUCCCUCUUUUCCCCCAAAACAACACUCCUCAGUCCUCCGCCAUGACCAGCUGCACCAAAACAACUACCAACCAACCAAAUGCAAGAAACCCACUUCCUCUCCACCGCCAUCGCCGCCACCAAACAGCCCUUUUUCUCCUCCAUUUCCAAUCCCGUUCCCGUUCCCAAACCCCAAUCCCCCUCCUCCUCUCACCAUGACUCUUCCCAUUCCUUUCCGCCGCCGAAGAAAACCCCCCACUUCCCGAUCCUCUCCGCCACCAAAACCACCGUCUCCCUCCCCCUCCACUCCCUCAAACCCCCAACCACCCCCAACCCCCACUCCGACUUCCAAGAAAAAGUCCUCUACCUCGACUCCAUCGGCCUCGACUUCUUCUCCCUAAUCAACCACCACCCUCCCAUCCUCUCCUCGCCUCUCUCCCACAUCAAAUCCACCGUCCACUUUCUCCUCACCUCCAUCGGCUUCACCUCCCCGGAGUUCCGCCGCCUCAUUGGCAUGUGCCCCGAAAUCCUCUCCUCCCGCGUCGCCGAAAUCGUCCCAAUCCUCACCUUCCUCCUUCGGGAAGCCCACGUCAACGGCUCCGAUCUCCGCCGCGUCAUCAACCGCCGCCCCAGACUCCUCGCCUGCAGCGUCAAAACCCGCCUCCGCCCCACCCUCUACUUCCUCCAGAGCAUCGGCAUUUCCCAAGUCAACAAACACACCUCCCUCCUCUCCUGCAGCGUGGAAGACAAGCUCCUGCCCCGAAUCGACUACCUCGAAAAGAUCGGCUUCUCCCGCCGCGACGCCCUGUCGAUGUUCCGGCGGUUCCCGCAGCUGUUCUGCUACAGCAUCGAGCAAAACUUCGAGCCGAAAUUCAAUUACUUCGUGGUGGAGAUGGGGAGGGAGAUGAAGGAGCUGAGGGAGUUUCCGCACUACUUCUCGUUCAGCUUGGAGAAUCGGAUUCGGCCUCGGCACCAGCGGUGCGUGGAGAAGGGGGUUUGUUUUCCGCUGCCGGUUUUGUUAAAGACGAGCGAGGCAAAGUUUCGCGAUAGGUUGGAGUUUUGUUGUAAUUCUUCUAUUCCUUUGAAAACUUCUCCUUUGUGGUGUACAAAUUCGGUUUCCGAUGAUUUAGAAAAUUGAAAAUAUAUUAUAUAUA